CGCUCUGAAGGUCCAUCAGGAUAAGUGCUCCCUCAUAGGCUGGGGAUCUCGGUGUAAAGCCACCACGUUAAUGACACACAGGCUAAUUGCGAAGGACCUCUCCUUGUGACGUACAAACACACAGCGAGCGAACCUGUUUCCUGUCCCUGCCUGGAAUCCCCUACUUAACGUAUUGGACGCUGCUAGUAGGUGAAUUUGUUACACGCGUUCGUUCAUUGGUAAACAAACUCGAGAAAAAGGGGGUCGCUCUCCUUUGUUCAACGUGAAGGUCCUGGGUUCUCUACCCUUCAGAAACUGAUAGAUGUCGCUGUUGCUCCACGCUGGUUUUCUCCUCUCCCAACAACUUGACCCCGGUGACGUCACUGGCGUCUGAAUCAUCAAGGCCAUUUUCAAUCCUCAUUGGCCUGGCCGUCACGUGGUUGGGACCAAUGCGUGGAUAAUUAUGGUGCUGAUAUUUUUCCCUAAAAAAAAGAUGUCAGCCCCUGGCUGUAGUAUUCCUCUUUAAAAUCCCUCUCUGAAAAUGUCAUGUCCCAACAAUGUGACUUCUAACUCGUUUUUGAUGGACUCGUUAGCCGGUACCUGCAGAGGGGAGAAUUAUUCCUCUAACCAAGGAAUGUAUAUGCAGUCUGGGAACGACUUCAACUGUGGAAUGAUGAGGAACUGUGGAAUAAUCCCGUCUCUCUCCAAAAGAGACGAGGUGAAUAACGCCAGCCUGUCUCUCAGCACCUAUCCAUCUUACCUUUCUCAGCUAGACACCUGGUGUGACCCCAAAAAUACUUACCGAAUCGAACAACCUGUUGCGAGACAACUCCCCUCCUGCUCUUUCCCAACCAAUGUCAAGGAAGAAAAUGCUUGCUGUAUGUACAAUGCUGACAAAAGAGCAAAAAACGCCAAUGAGGCGACCCUCUACCCCAAUCAGAUGCCUGAAUCUUGCCUAAAUGACCAUGAAGUACCCGUGCCUAGCUACUACCGAGCCAGCCAAGGUUAUUCCUCCAUGGAGAAAGCAUCAAACUGCAGCAACCCAAGCGAGUUUGAGGCAAGUUUUGAACCCAGGGCGAGUCUCAACCAAAGGAGUGAGCUUCUGGAGCAGCCACCUCCACCACCUCCACCUCCACCUCCACCACCACCACCACCUCAGCAGGCACAGCAGCAACCCCCACCAGCACCACUCUCACAACCAGGAACUAAAGUGAGUUUCCCCGAAAACACAAAGCCAGAUCAUCCUCAGAACACACCCGCCAACGAAAUUAAAACAGAAAAAAGUCUUCCUGUGGCCAAAAUAAGUCCGUCGGAAACGGAGAAAGACAUGAAUAAAUGUACAGACACCAGCACUGACAAUUCUGACAACGAAGCAAAAGAGGAUAUAAAGGCAGAAAACACUACAGGAAAUUGGCUGACAGCAAAGAGCGGAAGAAAGAAAAGAUGUCCUUACACUAAACACCAGACGUUGGAACUGGAGAAGGAAUUCUUAUUCAAUAUGUACUUGACCCGUGAGCGCCGCCUGGAGAUUAGCAAGAGUAUUAAUCUAACAGACAGACAAGUCAAAAUCUGGUUUCAGAACCGCAGGAUGAAACUCAAGAAAAUGAACAGAGAGAAUCGAAUUCGCGAACUGACUUCCAAUUUUAAUUUCACUUGAAAGUGUUCACUAAGAUGAAGGGACAAGGGGGGGGGAAUCAUUACAAAUCUUGUGCAGUAUUUUUUUUUAAUUUUUUCCCUGGGUAUAAAUGCAAUGCGUAUAGAAGGGAGGGGAGGGGGAGAGA